GGGAGGUGGCGGCGCCGUGGCGGAGGAGCAGGAGCAGGAGGGAGAUGGAGAGGAGAAGACUUCUGGGUGGCGUGGCGCUCCUGCUCCUCCGGGCGCUGCCCGGUCCCCUGUCAGCCAGGGCUGAACCCCCGCAGUGCCAAUGCUGGAUACCGCUGAGGACACCAUAACUGCACAGCCAGUAAGAGCAGCCACUGAACGUUGGAGAGUCAUGAUGGAGGAUCAGGAUAAGGAAGCCUGUGUGGGUACCAACAAUCAAAGCUACAUCUGUGACACAGGACACUGCUGUGGACAGUCUCAGUGCUGUAACUACUACUAUGAACUCUGGUGGUUCUGGCUGGUGUGGACCAUCAUCAUCCUCCUCAGUUGCUGCUGCGUCUGCCACCACCGUCGAGCCAAGCACCGCCUUCAGGCUCAGCAGCGGCAACAUGAAAUCAACCUGAUCGCCUACCGGGAAGCCCACAAUUACUCAGCGCUGCCAUUUUAUUUCAGGUUUUUGCCAAACUAUUUACUACCUCCUUAUGAGGAAGUGGUGAACCGACCUCCAACUCCUCCCCCACCAUACAGUGCCUUCCAGCUCCAGCAGCAGCAACAGCUGCCUCCACAGUGUGGCCCUAUAGGCGGCAGCCCCCCAGGCGCUGAUCUUACCAGGGGUUCCUUAGGGGCACAGAGCAGCCCCUUGUCUGGACCCAGCAGAAGCAGCACAAGACCCCCAAGCAUUGCUGACCCUGAGCCCUCUGACCUGCCUGCCAACCAAGCAGCCACCAAAGCUCCUGGAAUGGAGCCCAGUGGCUCUGUGGCUGGUCUUGGGGAGCUGGACCCAGGGACUUUCCUGGACAAAGAUUCAGAAUGUAAGGAAGAGCUGCUGAAAGAUUACAGCUCUGAGCAUGGCAGUGUACUCCCUGACAGCAAAGACAAGACCCCUGGGAGACAUCGCCGCUUUACAGGUGACUCGGGCAUUGAAGUGUGUGUGUGCAACCGAGGCCACCAUGAUGAUGACCUCAAAGAGUUCAACACACUGAUUGAUGAUGCUCUGGAUGGGCCCCUGGACUUCUGUGAUAGCUGCCAUGUGCGGCCUCCCGGUGACGAGGAGGAAGGCCUCUGCCAGCCCUCCGAGGAGCAGGCUCGAGAACCUGGGCACCCCCAUCUGCCACGGCCGCCUGCAUGCCUGCUGCUGAACACCAUCAAUGAGCAGGACUCUGCAAACUCGCAGAGCAGCAGCUCCCCCAGCUAGAGCAGGCCCUGCCUGUACCCAAGAAUUUGGCAAAGCAACCAGGGUUGGGGAGAACCACAAGAGAAGCAUUAAGUGACUUUCAGAGAAGGUGGUACAGCCACUUUGUCUUUUUUUUUUUUUUCUCCUCUCCUGCAUUUCCCUACAUCUCCAGGUACAGUUUGGGGUAGAUGCCUCUUCCCCCACAAAAGCACAGUGUUGUGAAGGGCUGAGAAGUUGGCUCUGUGACUCAUUUCUCAUAAACCCACUCCCACACCCUCUUUUUUAAGUCAUAUCUCACCUUCCUGUUUGGGUCAGAGAAAUAUGUGUUUUAAAACCCCCAAGGAAGGAGGCUAGGACUGUGCCCUGAGAUAAUGGAGUAGAUUUAUGCUCUGAUUUUCGUUUAAGAGAAUUUUGCUGUGUCUCAGUCCAGGAGAGGCAGCCCAUCUUGUUCUUAGGUGAAGAAGAAAGCCCACAGAGGCCCAGGAUUUGUUACCUGUGACUGCCAAGGUCUGCAGAGCCAGAAUGGGGCUAAUAAGAUGUAGAAUAGUGAGAGCUCAUGGGCAGUUGUAUGGUAGACUGGUGGGAGGCUUGUUGAUCUCUCAGAUUCCAGGUGACAACAUAGAUAAUACUUUGUGCAUCCUUGAGGGGCCCCUUCCCAGCAGGCUCUAGCUGGCUGUAGGCUGGUUCAGGUAUAGAAAAUUAUUCUGCCUUCUCUUUGGUUUUUCUUUUAAAAACAACAAAACACAGCUGAAAACAGGAAUUUUACCAGUGGGCACCCAAGAAUUCUCUUCUGGGAAAGGAAAGUUUGUAGCUCUUUCCCAAGUUGGCCUUAAAAGAUCCUAGCUGCAGUUGAACCAGAAGAGAAUAUUUUGUGUGAAGGCUUAGAUGGGGACUAUUCUUUGGAAUGUCUGUGAGCAGGAGGCCCCAGGGGCAGUGAAAAAGGUACGGCUUUCUGUAUCUUUGCCUUCCAACCUGUGCCCACAGGUGCCCGGCACCAGCAAAGCAUAUGCUCUGCUGGCCUUGAUGUCUCACUGUUCCAUGUGAACAAGUGACUGAGGAAGCUGUGGGUUCUAAGGAAGGGCAGCCCCAUAACCUGGCUCUCUCACACAGUAUUUUGCCUUUGAUUUUGAAUAAUUUUCCUUUCUCUUUUGUGGUGGUGGUGGUUAUUUGUUUUAAACUGACCACUUGGAAGAAAUACCUGACAUAUCUGUGGUUUUCACGCCUUGUCUCUACCACUUUUGAGUGGGGAAAUUCAUUUUUCUGUAGCCUAUGUAGAGUGUAAGUGACCCAGAUAGGAGGGUGAAUGCAGCUGUCCUGAAGGCCUGCAGGAUCCUUAUGACUGUUGUUUGGCUUUAGGUAACCAGUUGAGCUUUGAUAGGAAUAAUCUAAGUGGAGAAAGCAAACAGCCGAAACUAACAUUCCCCAUUCAGCCCUAUUCAUAUGAAGAGUUUGGUUCUUUCCUCACUCUUAAAUGAUGAUAUUGAGAUCAGGUAUUAAUAUUAUGGUAAGAAAGGAAGAAAAAAUAUAUAGAUAGAUAGAUAGAUAGAUAGAUAUCUAUAUAUAUACAAAAACAGACAAAUCCAAGGCUGUGAGGUGAACAAGCGUCUGCAUUUGGAUUCCACAAAACCAAAAUCCAUGUUGAACAAAGUGAAAUCCAUACACAGUGACUUUUUGGGUGACCCAUGUAUGUGUGUGUCUAUUGUGUGUGAGCCCCGAGCCCUGUUUUCCUGUGAAGAUACUUUGAGUGGCAGCCAUUCUGUUCACGUGGACCACACGUCUGGAGCACAGAUGGGCUUCUCAAGGUAAUUUAUUUUACGCAUUUUCUGUUUACUGAACAAAUGUCUGACUGCGUACUCGGGUGUAUUCAGUAGCAUUGUCAAUGGCAGUCCCCCUUUGUUUGCCAGAGAUACUGUGCUCAAAGUAGAGGUUUUACUCUGCUCAUCACUGCACUUUGCACAUUGCUCCAUGGACACUCAGAGGCCUGUGUUCCCUACAAAUGGAAACGUGCUCUGAACCCAUCUGUCUCCCUCAGCUGCUCCUGGCCCUCGGUAUCAGCUUCCGGGGAUGUCCACAACCACUUGGGACAGAAGGCAAAAGUGGAAUUUCAUACAGAAGCUUGAUUGGAUCUUCAGUGACAAGCUUGCACUACCUGUGGCCCAGACAUCAGCCCUACCCAGAAUUGCCAGGCGGAGGUUUUGGCGGACACCCACUGGCACCGCAGGGCCUACCUCCCUCUGCUGAAUCCAGCUGACACAAGCAAGCUGGUGUGUGGCCAGAGCUGGCCGGAGUGUGUCAGCGGUCCUCAGAUGCCUUUCCUUCCAGCUUUUUAAAAGAAAAUCCAAAUAACUCACUGAAGUGUCUCAGAGGAGAACAAGUUUUACCAAAAUGAAUCUUUCUUCAGUUAACUAUCAAAUGGAUGAACUCUGACCCUCUCAAGUUUCUUUCCCCAAUUAAAGUGGGGAACCAGCCUGAGUUUAACCAUUGGAUUCACUGCAGCAUCCUACCCUGAAGGCACGAGGAGAUGAACAUGCAAGCCGCAGAACUGGCCUCGAUUCCUGAGGGCACAGUCUGGCUCUGCCAGAAGAGGCUACCCUGCUCAAAAAGAUGGAAAUAGGAUGGAAGGAAGAGUUAGGGGGCCAAGGAGAUUUGCGGGAGUCUGGUUUUCCAGGUGAAUGAGAAGGAAGGGGUUGGUCGAGGGUUUGGUGCUACAGUCAGAAGAUUUGCAAAUGCUAACACAUUCCUGUAUGAGGCACAUCACCAUUUGUCAGUUAUUGUGAUUUGUGUAUUUUAAGCAAUAAGAUUCAGCUGGUCAGACUUUUCUGGGCAGUCCCAGUGACGCAUUUCCUGUGCUGUGAUUGUUCUGAAGACAGAGUGGCUUUAACCACUGUGAGAAACCCAAAUAAAAAUUGAUCCAAAAA